AUGUCCAGUCACUGUCUCGAUGGUGGUCAGCUUAUAUUGAAUCAAACUUUAAAUACAUUUUUUUGUCUAUGCGAUCCAUGUUAUCACGGUAUCAACUGUUCUGAAUUAAUUCCAAGAAAGCAACAAAUACAAUUCGAUGAAAAUCUUCAUGAUUUAAUUAUUUCUUUAAUUAUAUUAUGUUUAUCAUUAUUGAACAAUCCACUCACAAUACACGUGUGUUUAAAAAGUGUACGCAUACGCCGUACAAACAUUGGCGUCUAUCUUAUAAUUUAUUGUGUCAUCUGUAUUAUUGGCACAAUAAUACUAACUAUCGAUCAUUUCAUACAAUAUUUUAAACCAUUUUAUUCGUCAAAUGAUGAAGAACUGUACGAAACACUUCAUUGUCUUCUAGAAAGAAUUGGAGGACAUGUAACAAUCUUUAUUUGUUUAUGGUUAAGUGCAUUGAUUGCAUAUGAACGUGUAUUAAUUAUAUGUUCUACUGUUCGAAUGAAUGCUACUCGAUGGCGAUCAAUUUAUAUAUUAUUAAUUAGUACAUGUUUCAUUCUACCAAGUAGUACAUUAAUGUUAAUCUAUGGAUGUGAAUGGGGUGUAGUGCAUAAAAAUUUUAAAUCUCGUUUUACGUCUGCCUUAGUAUAUACUAUCGGUGGUGUGGCAGGCAUCCUCUAUGUUUUAUCAACAAUACUUCUAUUAAAGAAUUUUACUAAGCGUAUGGCUGAUAUGACAACUGAACCAAAGUCAAAAACAAGAAUAUGUCUAAGAUUCUCAAGAGAUCAUCUAUUUAUACUCAUACCACCGAUAUUCUUCUUUUUUUGUGUCGUUCCAUAUCAAAUAUGGUAUUCAAUAAAUCGUUCGGAACGACCCUACCUACACUGUGGAAUUUCAUUUUUAGAAUAUAUAUUUAAAAUCAUAGUCAGACAAUUACGAUUAUCUCCAACUGCAUUUACUUGGCUUAUAUUUAUCUAUCCAUCGAAAGUCUACAUGACUGAAUUUUAUGGAAGAAGAAAGAAAAGAAAUACCCGCAUGGAGGUGUAA